AUGAUGAUCUUCAAAGCUUUCACCCUUUGGUCCAUGUGGCUGAACUUGGCUCAUUUAUCAAUAGGUGGUCUGAGGAAUUACAAGUUUGAUGUGGAGUACAUGAUCCAGAAACCAGAUUGCAUUGAGGAAAUUGUGAUGGGAAUCAAUGGCCAAUUUCCUGGCCCCACCAUCAGAGCUCAUGUUGGAGACAUCCUUCAUAUUGCUGUCACCAAUAAGCUUUUCACAGAAGGAACAGUCAUCCACUGGCACGGAAUUAGACAGAAUGGAACACCUUGGGCAGAUGGAACUGCUUCAAUUUCACAGUGUGCUAUAACGCCUGGUGAAACUUUUCAUUACAGAUUCACAGUGGACAAGGCAGGUACGUACUUCUACCAUGGACACUAUGGUAUGCAGAGAGCAGCAGGGUUGUAUGGUUCUCUGAUAGUGGAUUUAGCAGAGGGAAAGAAAGAGGCAUUCCAUUAUGAUGGUGAGUUCAACCUUUUGCUGAGUGAUUGGUGGCACAAAACCACAAAUGAACAAGAGGUUGGUCUCUCUUCCAUUCCAUUCAGAUGGGUGAAUGACCCUAAGUCUUUGCUCAUAAAUGGAAGGGGGCAAUAUAAUUGUUCAAUGGCAGCUCAUCUUAUUAAAACCACACUGCCACAGUGUAAGUUUGAAUUGGGUGAAGAAUGUGCACCCCACAUUCUUCAAGUAGAUCCAAACAAGACUUACAGGAUAAGGAUUGCCAGCACAACUUCCCUUGUAUCUCUCCAUUUUGCCAUUGCAAACCACAAAAUGAUGGUGGUGGAAGCUGAUGGAAACUACGUGCAACCAUUUUCCACAGACAUCAUACACAUACACUCCGGGGAGAGCUACUCAGUCCUCAUCACCACAAACCAAGAUCCAAACAAAAAUUAUUGGAUAUCAGUUGGUGUAACAGGAAGAGAAACCACCCCUCAAGCAUUCACCAUUCUAAACUACAAAAAUAUCCCUAACUCACUUUUCCCUACUUCUCCACCCCCCUUCACAUCUUGUUUUGGUGGCUACAAUCUCACCAAAGCAUUCACUCACAAAAUUCUUGCCCUUAAAGGAACCCCACCACCUCCACAUUACUAUAACAGAAGACUCCUCCUUCUCAACACAGAAAACUUAGUUGAUGGAUGUGACAAAUAUGCCAUCAACAACAUCUCCUUAGUAUUACCCUCAACUCCUUACUUGGGUGCCAUCAAGUAUAAAAUCAAUGGUGCAUUUGACCAGAAUCCCCCUCCUGAUAACUUCUCAGCAGAUUAUGAUAUCUUCAACCCUCCGUUAAACCCUAAUUCAAAAAGUGGAAAUGGGGUUUACACCUUUGAGUUGAACCACGUGGUUGAUGUGAUACUCCAAAAUGCCAAUUCCUUGAAUGAGAAAAAUAUCAGUGAGAUUCACCCGUGGCAUUUGCAUGGACAUGACUUCUGGGUUUUGGGGUAUGGGGAUGGGAAGUUUGAACAGGGUGAUGAGAGGAAAUUCAACUUGAAGAACCCACCAUUGAGGAACACUGCAGUGAUAUUCUCAUAUGGUUGGACUGCUUUGAGGUUUAAGGCAGAUAACCCUGGAGUUUGGGCCUUCCAUUGUCACAUUGAACCUCACUUGCAGAUGGGAAUGGGAGUGGUUUUUGCUGAGGGUGUUGAACGUGUGGAGAGUAUACCUGGAGAUGCUAUAAGAUGUGGCUUCACCAGGAACAUUGCCAUGAACAAGAAACAUAAUUGA